AUGGGGUGUUCAGUGCCGGGAGCCCUGGGCAGACUACGGAGAGAAUACCCGAGCCCAGCGACCGGUCGGAUUCAGCACCUCGGACAGCGACUAGCCCGGCUCUGCCCGCGGGCCGGGCGCUGCCGCGGGGACGGAGCUUCGCAGUCCGCUGCUUACCCUUCUGCUGAGCCCGGACUGUACUACCUCUUGCAGAUGUUUGAAACUGAGAUCCAUCACUUUGAAACCAGGAGAAUCAAAAAGCUCAAGAACUCUGCUGAUCAUCUUGAUAUUUUUGUUGAAUGUGAAGUUCACAGAGCUGAUAUUAGUCACCUUAUCACAUCCUUAAAGAGAGUAACAGAGGAUGUGAAAACUGGCAAUGAAGACAAAAUGCCCUGGUUCCCCAGAAAAAUUCAAGAUCUAGACAAAUGUCACCAUCUGAUCACCACGUAUGAACCCAGUUUUGACCAUGGUCACCCUGGAUACACUGACCUGGAGUACAGGAAGAGGAGGGCAUACUUUGCUGACCUUGCCUAUAAUUACAGAGUUGGGGACCCUUUGCCUUACAUCGAAUACACAGAGCAGGAGACUGCAACUUGGAGAGAAGUCUACAGGAAGCUGAGAAGCCUCUACCCUACUCAUGCCUGCACACAAUACCUGGAUGCUUUCCAACAGCUGGAGAAACACUGUGGCUACCAAGAAGACAACAUACCUCAACUUCAGGAUGUGUCCAGAUUUUUAAAAGAAACAACAGGUUUCCAGCUGAUACCAGCAGCAGGACUGUUGUCUGCUCGUGACUUCCUUGCCAGCCUCGCAUUUCGUGUCUUUCAGUGCACACAGUAUAUAAGGCAUUUCUCUUCACCUACACAUUCACCAGAACCAGAUUGCUGCCAUGAACUGCUGGGUCAUGUUCCCAUGCUAGCCAACAAGGAGUUUGCCCAGUUCUCCCAGGAUAUUGGACUGGCUUCUCUUGGAUCAUCUGAAGCAGAGAUUGAGAAACUGUCCACACUUUAUUGGUUUACUGUGGAGUUUGGACUCUGCAAGCAAAAUGGAUCCAUCAAAGCUUACGGGGCAGGACUGCUUUCAUCUUAUGGGGAACUUACGUAUGCUUUAUCAAACGAGCCAGAGUACAAGUCCUUUGAUCCAGAAGUGACUGCAGUUCACCCCUAUCAGGAUCAAGCCUUCCAGCCUGUCUAUUUCAUAGCAGAAAAUUUUGAAGAUGCCAAGGCCAAACUGCAAAACUAUGCAAUGAAGAUCAAGAAGCCUUUUUCUCUGUGCUACGACCCAUUCACCAGCAGUAUAGAGGUUCUGGAUACACCACAGAAAGUCAAGAGGGAAGUCAGUCGACUGAAAGAGGACCUGAAAAACCUCUGCCUGUCCCUUGAAAACCUCUCCUAAAACUGCAGCAGUACUUCUCGCCUGGCACUGAUACAUAUGUAGGCAGUUCCAGCAUUUGAAAAUUUAGUGAAGUUGUAGCUGCAUGCUAAAAUCUUCAUCCCACAAACAGCUCUGUCAAGCAAAUCUUUUCACUGUAAUUCAGGCUGCUGACUUAGCCACAUUAAUGAGUUCCUAUUGAAUAUGCUUCAGUGGCAAACAACACCAAAUUACUCCAAUUUCUGGUAGGUGAUAUGAACUGCAGCUGUUGGUUGUGUAUUUAUCUCUUAUUUUAAACGUAACUUUUUAAUUCACCUUUUGAAGUUAUUUGCCACGUUCUGAAGUUAUCUACCGUGAAGUAGCACAGUAACUCUUCAGUCACGAAGUCUCGCUUAAAUGACAUGAUCACAAUCUUUUGGGCUGGCUACCUGGCUGCAGUCCUUGCAGCUAACUCAUUUCUGCUAGUAAUUACGAUCAGCUAUUGUGCUAAUAAACUAUGAAUGGUUCUCUUACAAUGUACAAAUACAAGAGUUUAUAAGACAGACCUUUUAUUUCUUCUUGGCAUUUAUUUUUUCAGCAGUCAUCUUACUUAGUUCAAAUGUGGCUAAAUAAUUUUCUGUCAUAUUUAACAUCACAAAAUAUGUGUCCAUUGACUAAAAAAAGAUAGAAAAGAUAGAAACUAUGAGGACUGUGAUACUCUCUCUGGCUCUAUAACAUACUUGUUUGAUUUGAAAAAGAAAUUAAGAUUCCAGGGAAUAAAAAGAUGGAUGUGGAGAAAAACCUUCAAAGAAGCCUACAAGAAAAAAUGUCUCACUAAUUUUUCAUGGGAUUCAAACAGUCCUGGACACCUUAAAACAUCUUUGUGGGGUUUUCUUUGUUGUUGUUGUUUUUUGUUUGUUUGUUUGUUUUUGGCAUUACGAUGAUUGCAGUAAUAAUCAAAAUUUCAAAGGUGCUAAACAUCAAUACAUUCUAAGAUCAAAUACCAGAAGCAAUAUAGCUUUUAUAUGGAUACAACUUCAGGUAUGUGCUGCAACUCAUCUUGCCUCCCACUCUGAUCUCUUUCUCAGAUGUGCCUGAAAUUUAUUUACACUCUGUGGGUCACAUUUCACAGAAACAAUCCUUUAAUUGUCCUUUCAUUUCCAUCUUCCACUGUUCACAAAUAGCAACUAAUUUAGGAAAAGAAGAGUAGGCUCAUGCCUGGGAAGAUUCCCUCUUUGCUUAGCACUAAUGUCGAAACAGGUUACAGGUGAUGGCAUAAACAGGAGCUAUAUGGAUCUCAUGACUGAACCUGGGUGACAGUAUUCCAUAGACAUCAAUGUAGAUUUAUCCUGUGCAGCUAAGAAACUUUGCUUGUAUUUUCAAAAGUGUAUUUAAAUUAAGGGAGAUAGCAAACUUACAGUUUGCUCAUUGCUAUCCACUAACUGACAGCAUACAUGACCUGAACUCUGAUGUAAAUGUGAGGUGGUUUGGCUCUUGGAAAAGGAGUCAUCAACUCUGCCUUAACUGGUCACCAUGGAAUAAAAGCAUGUACACAGAAAGUUACAGCAGAGCAAUUCACAUGCUGUUAUUUCAUACAGAGCUUAUCUCACCGUAAUUUGUCAAUGUGCCAGGCUCUACAGAAACUCUCUUGUUGGGACUGGGUUAAUGGGAUUUUGUCACUUAAAUCUUCAUGUCCAUAAGCACUUAAGAAAAUUCUUUCAUGGACACUUGCAGAGAAUUCAAGAUCUGUGAGGAUGCUGCAGUGGCUCCAUUUUCUUAAAAUGUGGCGAUACCUAACAAAUUUGGAAAUGUCUUGGCAAAAUGGCUAUGGUCUCCUUCGUCUAAACAGCAGGAACAUUUCAAGUUCUUUCUUUUUCACUGAAGCCCAGGAUUUUUCUAUUCUACUUCAGAAAAAUAUUUUUGUAUUGUAAAGCCUAUUUUGCUAGAGAUUCAGACAGGGACUGCUGAAGUGGUUUCCUUUACUUUUGGUAUAUUUCUGCUGUGAUGUAUGAUGAUCUCUCAACAUUCUUUUAUGGAUUUAAUUCUACUUAUCUUGCUUUUACACACUUACAAAUACUGUUUUUCUUUAGAGCAAUGUUUGGUUACAUAUUGUAAUAAUUUAUCUGUGUAUUUGCUGCCAAAUGGUACAUAGGCAAAAAUGCUUGAUAGCUGACAACAGAUUGUUUUUAGAAAUAUUAUUUUCAUCAACCAGUUACAUUACAUUUCAAAUUGAAACGUG